GUCAAUACUGAGCAAGAUGUGUAGUGUGCUCAACAUAUUCGCCAGGUUGUAGUGACAAAGUCGUCUUGACGCUGUUCUCCCAGAGAGGUAGAGAGUUAGAUGUCAAAUUGUCUGGUAGAUCUUUGAGCUGUGUCUACAAGUAAAAAUCCUGAAUCAUAGUCUGCUAGUGCUAACUAAAGAGGAAAGACGUGGUGUGAUCCGAAUCAAAAAUGUUGCAGGCAAUCCGCCUAUUCUUUGAAUUCAUCUCCUUCUUCGUCAAGUUGCUGUUUCUCACGUUUGUUUUCUCGCCGCUGAAAUGGCUCCUUCCCAAAUCUAAGAAGGAUGUGGCUGGAGAAGUGGUGCUGAUAACUGGUGGUGGAAUGGGUAUGGGCAGGCUGAUGGCAAUUCAGUUUGCCAAGCUGAAUGCUUCCAUCGUCAUCUGGGACGUGAAUAAGAAUGCGAUGGACAGUGUUGUGGCAGAAAUCAAGAGCUCCGGCAAGAACACGCAGAUCUUUUCGUAUGUGGUGGAUGUCAGCAAGCGACAGGAAGUAUUCGAUGCCGCAGAAAAAGUGCGCCAGGAAGUGGGUGAUGUCACCAUUCUGAUAAACAAUGCCGGGCUGGUCAACGGUACCAACCUGCUGAACACACCGGACGAGAGAAUCCAGCUGCUCAUGGAUGUCAACACCACCUCACAUCUGUGGACUCUCAAGGCUUUCUUGCCAUUCAUGUUGACGAACAACCAUGGCCACAUUGUCACGGUCGCAUCUAGUGCUGGCUUCUUUGGCGUGAAUGGUCUGAUCGACUAUUGCUCGAGCAAGUUUGCUGCGGUUGGCCUCAACGAGUCUCUGACAAUGGAACUGCAUUCUAAGAAUAAGACUGGCGUGAAGACUACCGUGGUGUGCCCGUACCUGGUCAAGACGGGAAUGUUUGAAGGUGCUGCAUCACGUUUCGACUGGCUCAUUCCACCGCUCACUCCGGAGUAUGCAUCUCGCCGCAUUGUCGACAGUGUGUUGACUGACGCCCAGCUCUUGCUUAUGCCACGCAUCCUAUUUGCCUUUGUUGUACUCAAAGCGAUAAUGCCAACUUCGGCCUAUUUCUUGAUUGCUGAUUUCUUCGGUGUCACCCAUUUCAUGGAUAAGUUUGUUGGGCGCACUGGCAAGACAGCGUAAGACGAGGGUGAACACUAUGCUAGGGAGGUCGAUCCUCUAGGCCACUUCCCGAGUGAUAGCCCUCUGCCGCUGUUGCUACCUGCGUUUCGAUUCUUCUUUCAAGGUGAAGUGCUUGGUGGGGCAGGUGUACCUAUCAACAUUUUAAUCAGAAUACUCUGAGCCUCCGAGUAUUGAAAAAAUAUGUUAUUUUUAGGCAGCGCUGUGUCGCUCACUUCUGAUGCUGGUGUGUGGCGCUCAGCAUGUUUCUCGUCUUGUUUGGUACCCUAUUUCUUCUGCUGAAUGGAUGGCAGGGAUAUCUGUAGCCACAUGGAUAGAGCUGGUUUGAUUUGUUUGAUCGUUUUUUUUCCUCUCCUGCCUGAGCCUAAUCAUCGGCAUGCAAAUCCUCAGUGAACCGUUUUAUUAUGUCCAGUGGCCUGACCCAACCCUUCUCCUGUUUCUUGUGAUGUUUUUUAGUUUUUUAACCCUGACAUGACCCAAGCUGGCUUGGACCGGUGCCUUUAUUUUAUCAGUUCCCGUCUGUCCAGAAAUCAAUCCACACUAUCGUGAAUGACCUUUUUCGACCGGAUCUCGCACAAUGUACCUAUCUUCAGAGUAUUUUUUUACAAGUAGUAUUAAUUUUUUACUAGACGCUAUUUCCAUUUUCCUCCCUUUUUCAACUAUAAUUACAGUGCAUACAAACGGCCAGUCUCGUCUUAUAGGAAAGGGCCAUAUCCAGUCUCUGUGUAUUAUUUCGAGGAGACAUGAAAGCCGUGAUGAUUCUGGCUGAUGAAUAGCAUUUCAAUUACACCAAUGCAAGUACAUGCAACGCAUGUACGUGCAAGGCUAGA